GUUGCCGCUUGUUUAGAAUUCCUGAAAGAUGGCGGCGGCGCCUCCGGAUGAGGCCAGCCUGCAGUCUCGCAUCAACAAGGCCACCAAUCCUUUGAAUAAGGAGACUGACUGGGACAAUAUUAAGGGGUUUUGUGAUCAGCUCAACGAUGAACCAGAAGGUCCCCAGCUUGCAACCAGACUUCUGGCCCACAAGAUCCAGUCUCCUCAGGAGUGGGAGGCUAUGCAAGCACUUAUGGUUCUGGAGACGUGCAUGAAGAACUGUGGGAAACGAUUUCACAGUGAAGUGGGAAAGUUUCGCUUUCUAAAUGAGCUCAUCAAAGUGGUGUCACCCAAGUAUUUGGGUGCGCGGGCUCCAGAGCCAGUCAAGAAGAAGGUGCUAGAAAUAAUGUACAGCUGGACAGUGAGGCUGCCUGACGAGACCAAGAUAGCAGACGCCUAUCAGAUGCUGAAAAAACAGGGCAUUGUCAAGCUGGAUCCUGUGCUUCCCGAUGACAAGCCCCUCCCACCCCCUCCACCCAGAGCCAAAAAUAUCAUCUUUGAGGAUGAGGAGAAAUCUAAGAUGCUGUCUCGCUUAUUGAACAGCACGCACCCAGAAGAUCUGAGAGCUGCAAACAAGCUCAUUAAGGAAAUGGUCCAGGAGGACCAGAAGCGCGUGGAGAAAGUAUCAAAGCGAUUAAACGCCAUCCAGGAGGUGAAGGAGAGUGUCAGCCUGCUGAGCCAGCUGCUGGAGGGCUACAGCAGGGACAGCUGCUCCCAGAGCAACCAGGAGCUCAUUAAGGAUCUUUACCAGCGCUGUGAAAAGAUGAGGCCAACACUGUUCCGAUUAGCAAGUGAUACAGAGGACAGUGACGAAGCCUUAGCGGAUAUCUUACAGGCCAAUGACAGCCUGACACAAGUCAUCAACCAGUACAGACAGCUGGUGAAGGGAGAGGAUGUGUCAAAGGACGGUAUAACUGCGCCCUCACAAACAGGCAGCAGUAGCUCAGCACUUGUAGACCUGAUGGGACUUAACGCAACAGCCAACUCAGCACCGUCACACCCCGAGCCCUCCAGCCUGCAGACCCUGACUCAGAACAUGGGCAUCAGCCUCUUGGAUGAUGAGCUCAUGUCACUGGGUCUGAAUGUAACGGAAAACUUCGACUCUCAGAACACUUUCCAGUCCUCUGAUAGCACAGACUUAUCUGCUACGCCGAUCCCUGCCGCAGUGUUACUACCAGCUGUGGUCCAAACACCACAGGCUCCGCCAGCAGGGGGCCCCACCGCUGCCCCUAAACCCAUGGAGGAGCUGGACUUGUUGGGGAAGACUCUGUUACAGCAGUCUCUACCUCCAGAGAGCCAGCAGGUCAAAUGGGAUAAGCUCCAGCCUCAGUCCAGAGUCACCUUACGAGACCUGCAGACGAUGUCCAGCACCAACUCUCGACCCACUCCUAACGCAACCACCACGUCCUCUGGUCCCGUCGCUGCUCCAGGGUCCACGUCCAGCCUGUCCAUCCAAUCAGAGCAGCCCGACACUGUCCCCCUCUCCAAUCUCACCCUGGCAGCUGCUGAAAAAGGCUCUUCAGCUGCCACCGAACCUUACGACAACAUCUCUCUAGCUGACGUUACCGUGCCUCUGGAGGCAAUCAAACCUAGCAGCUUAUUACCAGUGACUGUAUUCGACAAACACAGUCUCCGGGUUUUGUUCACCUUUGCCCGAGACUGUCCUCCAUCGCGGCCUGAUGUGCUGGUGGUGAUCAUCUCCAUGCUGUCCUCGGCCCCCAUUCCUGUCACCAACAUCCGCUUUCAGGCAGCUGUACCAAAGGUGAUGAGAGUAAAGCUGCAGCCUCCGUCCAGCACUGAGCUCCCAGCCUUCAAUCCCAUCCUGCCUCCAGCUGCCAUCACACAGAUCCUGCUGUUGGCGAACCCACACAAGGAAAAGGUACGUUUGCGGUACAAGCUGACUUUCAACCUGGGGGAUGAAUCUCACGAUGAAUCUGGUGACGUGGACCAGUUCCCGCCUCCAAACACCUGGGGGAACCUUCAGUGAAAAUGACCAACCUCCCGUCAUCUGAUCUGAUCUGCUGCUUCCUUUAGAUUUAGGUUGAAGUUGUCCCUCAUCGCUGGCCUGUGGCGAGAUGGCCUCUUUAUGCUCGUAGUUUCAAACUCUGGUUUGGUAAAACAAACUGACAUGAGACCAGCUGUGGGAACCAGCUUCGACCUUGUGCCUUCCUUCGCAGCCUUUCUGUCCUUAUUCGAUCAUCUCCACCUUCCUGUGUUUCGUAGCUUCGUUUUCUUCCAACAAUCUUUCCGAUGCAAACUAUAAAGCAAACUGUCAGAAACAUUGAUUCAAUGCUGUGACUUUUGGGGGAAACAAGUUGAGCCUUUUAAAAACUGAAUGUGUGCAUUUGUCUGAUUAAUGGGACAGUUCACUGCAAAAUCAAACAUUUUUCCUCUUACCUGUAGUGCUAUUUAUCAGUCUAGUUGUUUUGGCGUGAGUUGCCGAGUGUUAGAGAUAUCAGCUGUAAAGAUGUCUGCCUUCUCUUUAAUAUAAUACAGCCACUAACAGAAUCACUCUGCAAAAGGAAGCGUACAUCUAUCCGUGGAAGAGAGACUGGUGCUGAUGAAAUGCUCAAACUUUAAGGCAGCCCUACUUAACUGAGCUGUACACGCUUCCUUCUGCACAGUGAUACAGUUGGCAGGUGUGGUUCAGUACAGAGAAAAUAGUUCCUACAUGCUUACAGUAAGGUCUGUGGAUAAUCUCGAGUAAUAGGGUCAUGAUUUUGGGAAAGAGACACUGCUGUUGAGUUUUAAAAAUAAAUGUUGUUAUGACACGUUGAGAACCACAAGCCAAGUGCCAUUUUGUUUCUUUAUACUGGAGAGAGGACAGACUUCUCAGCAACUCACAUUGAAACAAUCUAGAUUGAUAAAUAGCAUUACAGGCAAGAGGAAAAAUGUGUUUUUGAAUUUGGGGUAAAGUGUCCCUGUAACAUGGCAUUUAACAAUUCUCUCUGAUGUCUCAUGUCAUGUGAAUUACAUGUAACAGCUUCUGUUUUUUACAAAAACGGCAAUGCAUUCCUGACUUUGGACAGCAUGAGCAAAAGAGUAUUGUCACAGUUUCUGUGUCAAGUUUUAAUUCUGAGGAUUCAGAGUAGGGUUGCAACAAAUCAUUACUUUGUUUUAUUCCAUUAAUAAUGUUUUUUUUUAGUUCAACUUUAAGUCUGUUACACGCUUAAAGUGACGUUUACAGUAUGACAAAAGGCCAAAACAUCCAGUGUAUUCAACCUAUAAUAUGGAAUAAUUGGUAUUUCUACCUGAUAUGUAAUUAUCAUUAUUGAAUUUCCUAUCAAACGAUGACUCGAUUUAUCAGUUUCAGCACUACUACUGCUCAGUUUAUUCGCAAACCACCUGAGUUGCAUACAAAACUAAAUUUAACUGAUAAUUCUUUGAAAUCAUUGAAGUGGUGGAGUUGAGAUUGUGUGGAGUUGAUCUGAAAUGCAGUAAUAACUGGAAAAGUAUCAGGAGAAACCUCAGGCGUUUCCCCUGGCUUACAUUAUAAACUGGUGCAUCGUUUUUAAGUAUCGUCUUGGUUUUAAUGUGUCAUGCAUGGGUAGCGCAUGUGUAAGCUGUGAUAAUAGGCCUUUUCCACAGCGGACAUGUCAUAGGAGGAAAAGCAGAGAAGUUACAAGAUUAAACCAUCAUUGAUUUCAUUAGUUUAUUAACUUUUACUGCGUCACGUCAAAAAUGUCUUCUGUGACAAAGGACUAUGAAGGAAGGGCACGAAAUCUCUGCCUGUUAAAAUACUGAAAUUUAGCUUUUGAUUUCUGCACUUUUCUUUGUCUUUUCUACACUUUUUUUACAUCAUGUUUCACUCAGGAUUUUUAGUUAUUUAACACAUGAACUUUCUUGCACUUUUAAUUUUGCACGUGCAGCCAUUCCACAUCACAACACAUCGUCCUUUCUCAUUUGCUGCCUUUCAACUGUCGAUCGACCCAAAGACGGACAUAUUAGGUCCUGAGUUGACAUUACUGACAUCCAGUCUGAUCCUACCACAUGUGCCUGAGAUGAAACGUAUGAUUUUCAUUUGCUUUGUACAUAUAUGUAUACAGAUGACUGGUUUGAUCUUUGUUUUUGUUUUUCAUAUGGUCAUGUCCUUGUCAGAAACGACGACUUUGUGAAACAAAUGACACGUCAAAUGAUGUUACAGAAUCAUCCUAAUAUUCAUGGCCAUUGAGUUGAUUGGAGCACUUGGGGUUAUGAAGACUAAAAUAAAAUGUGACUGGAGGCAGA